GUGCCAACAGUCGGAGAAUAUAUAAUGGUAAAGGCUUUAGAUGAAACGCACACAAAGAAGAGGACUUAACCAGAGCACUAGCUCAUAAAACUUAACUAGCCGAGAGAGAGAGAGAGAGAGAUGAGCAGCAGCGGCAAGGAGGAGGUGGCGGUUAUGGAAUCGUACCCGAUGAACGGUGGGGAUGGCACAUUCAGCUACAACAAGAACUCUAAUUUCCAGAGAGUGGCAACAAACGUCGCCCGGGAGACAAUCAACGAGGUGAUCGCAGAGAAGCUCGACAUAAAGCAAUUUUCUCCUGCUCUGACCACUUUCCAGAUCGCGGAUUUAGGCUGUUCGGUCGGGCCAAACACCUUCCUUGCAGUCCAAAACAUCAUAGAGGCAGUCCGACGCAAGUACGAAUCACAAGGCCUCUCCUCCCAACUGCCUGAUUUCCAAGUCCUGUUCAACGACCACGCGUCCAAUGAUUUCAACACCCUCUUCGCUUCCCUGCCAUCUGACCGACCGUACUACGCAGCUGGUGUGCCAGGAUCCUUCCAUGGGCGACUGUUCCCCAAGGCGUCCCUCCAUUUCGUGCAUUCGUCUUAUGCGCUUCAAUGGCUUUGCAAGGUGCCUAAAGAAUUGGUUGAUCCAAAUUCCCCAGCAUUUAACAGGGGAAGAGUUCACUACACAAGUGCUCCCCGCGAAGUGAGCGAUGCUUAUACAUCUCAGUUUGCAAAGGACAUGGUGACAUUUCUGCACGCUAGAGGUGAGGAAAUUGCGAGUGGAGGCAUCAUGGUUCUAGUCAUGCCCGGGAUUGCUAAUGGCAUUCCUUAUUCACGUGUACCAUCGGGCGUGAUGUUCGACCUUUUGGGGUUCAGCUUGAUGGAUAUGGCAAAGGAGGGUAUAAUAAGUGAGGCUCAGGUGGAUUCAUUCAAUUUACCAGUGUACGCUCCCUCUCCUGACGAGAUGACGGCACUAGUAGAGAGCAAUGGGUGCUUUAGCAUAGAGAGGAUGGAUUUAGCAGCUCCUGGAUCGAAGAUCGAUGUCUCGUUCGGAGGGCAUGCUUGCAUGCUGCACUUAAGAGCUGGAAUGGAAGGCAUCAUCAGCAAACAUUUUGGAAGCGAGAUAAUUGACGACCUGUUUGAUCGUUUUCUCGAGAAAACCAAUGAAUUUUCCGACCGUUUAAACUCUGCAUAUCGUCAAGGAAGCCAACUGGUAGCGAUACUGAAGCGCAAAUAAUGCGCACCUGGGAGUGGGCUCCGCACUUUUUUCAAAUAAAGUUCCAGAUAUCUACUUUCCUCUUCGAAUUCAUAUGUCCCAUAUAAGGCACUUGAAAUCUGAAUACGGUGAGGAUAUUUAGCAUUUGUCCUGGUAUGAUCUUUACAGUACUUGUACUGCAACUUUUGAUGAAGUAUCAAUGUAUUGAACUUUUUGGUACUCUUGAAGCUUCGUUAAGCAAGAAAUCAUCACCUCCGCAAUGACGUGCACCAAGAAGGUGCUUCAUCAAGAAAUAAAGUCAAGCAGCAUUACGAUGCUUGUCCUCA